UUUCCUCUGUGAGUGACGCAUAUAAAACUUUUUUUGGUUAGAUAAAUAAAUACAUUAAUUAAUUAAUAAAUAGAAUAUGUGGUUUUGUUAAAUUAUGCGGUGCUGUGGUGGAGAGAGUGAGCAGCGCCAAGUUCCUGGGGGUGCACAUCAGUGAGGAUCUCUCCUGGUCCACCAACACCGCAUCACUGGCAAAGAAAACCCAGCGCCGCCUGUACUUCCUGCGGAAACUCAGGCGAGCGAGCGCUCCUCCGGCCGUCAUGACUACAUUAUACCGCGGCACCAUUGAGAGCGUCCUCUCCAGCUGUAUUGCUGUUUGGGGUGGCGGCUGCACUGACUACAACUUGAAGGCCCUGCAGCGCAUAGUGAACACGGCUGUAUUGUGGAACAGGAGGUCCAGAAAGGGAGGAUAUCUCAAGGUCGAUGGGGAACGCGAAAAACAACUGGUCCAGACACCUGUGCUGAGCAGGGGAAACCCCAAACGAGGAGGAGAUGACCAUCGACCAAUCACCACACAAUAUUUUGCAUGCUUGAAUAUUCAUAUUGUGUUUCUUUAAAACUGGGCAACCUUGAAGAAUGUGUCGUCUUUCUGGUCACAAAGGCACAUGAGUUUUUGUGUUAAGGACCCAAGGCCCAGGCGCCUGUAUUAGCUUGCUUUGUCAGGAUUAAACAAUUGGUAAAUUCGGCCUAAUUGAUCUACUGGUCUUCUCUUUGACAGAACGGACUCGCAAAAUUGUUAGGUGCGCCAGUGUGUGGAUUAGAACAUAGCAAUUCUUGUGUUAAGUGUUGAUCACAAUUUGGAGUCAGAUCUCCACGUGGCCCGCUGCCUGACCUUUCUGCAGAUUGAAUUUUCGCUCACUUCCCCCAAACACAAAAAGGCACAAGGCUUUUAAUCAAGAACAUAAGCGUGCUAAUCAUUAUCAUCAUUAUUGCCUUGAUGUGCCAAAAUAAAAGCAAACCUUUUUCAAGAUCUUGUUGCCAAAGUAUGUCAAUUUCAUCACAAAGAAUGAUCAGCAAGUCCCACGCGAGCAAUUUUAUUUCUUAAUCAAAAAGCUCGGGUUACAAGAGGCGGUUUUCGCAGAGUGAUUCCUUGAUCUGCUUACUGUGCAAAGUUCUUCAUUUCUUCUUCUUGUAGUUACUUAUUGUAGUAAUGCAGCCUCAUUGUGUAGCUGCGUGACCCACAUUGAAGAGGCCGGUUCACUUCUUCUGCGGACCUGGCUACAUUGUUAUACAUCAAACUUACAAGCAGCCGGAGGACCAGAACUCUUUCGUUUGUGCUUCUGCAACCACGCUGGCUGAUACAAUGAGCUGGUUGGAUGUGAUCGCUCACCUGCUGUGGAUGGUAAUUACGCUGCUGCUGUGGAUGAUGGUGCGCGCACAGCGGAGAGGACCCUGGGACCCCCGUGCUUGUCCCACGCAGCUCAAAGGAAAGACGGCGAUCGUGACAGGGGCCAAUUCAGGGAUCGGAAAGUUCAUCGCCAUGGACUUUGCUCGCAGGGGUGCCCGUGUCAUUCUGGCUUGUCGAAGUGUGUCCCGUGGGGCCGCAGCGGUGAAAGAAAUUCAAGCAAAAACAGGAAACCCUGACGUCCACGUGCGUCCGGUGGACCUUUCUUCUCUGGACUCUGUCAGAGAUUUUACUAAAAAAAUUCUAAAGGAAGAAAGCGCCCUUCACAUCCUCGUCAACAAUGCUGCAGUAUUAGGUUUACCCCGGCAGAUUACCAAAGAUGAACUUGAUGUUUCUUUCGCAACCAAUCAUUUGGGGCCAUUUCUUCUCACCAACCAGCUAGUUGACCUGAUGAAACGCUCAGCUCCAGCACGUAUUGUCACCGUCAGCUCUGUCUACCACAAAAAGGGUGAAGUGGACUUCUCCCAUUUUCAUGGGGAGAAUGGAACUUACGAGCUUGAUCGGGUUUACGGUCACACCAAGCUGCACAAUAUCAUCUGCACAAAUGAGUUUGCACGGAGGCUUCAAGGAUCAGACGUCACCGCCAAUUCAGUCCACCCUGGUAUAGUCAUGACGGGAAUCUUGAGGCACUGCCCCUUCGGAAUUCGUUUGUUCUUCAGCCUCAUUGGACAGUUCUAUUUCAAGUCGGCAGAGGAGGGGGCAGUCAGCGCCAUUUACUGCGCCGUGUCAGAGGAAGCAGAAGGCAUAAGUGGAAAGUAUUUUGACAGCAACUGCUCCCUUGUCCUCCCCGCCCCUUUAGCCCGAGAUACAGCCCUGGCAGUCAAAGACUUUGAGAUCUGCGAAAGACUGACAUCCAAGUUGUGAAACAAUGCUUCUCCUGAAAACAGAAA